AAGCACAUGUAAAGAUGACGAAAGAAAAAAUAUAUUCUGAUGUAAAAGAGAAUACUGAAUAUUGCGAUAUACUGAGGAAGGAAGAAGGGAAACCCACACUUAAAAGAAUAAAUAGUUCCAGUCUUUUACAAUGUAACUCUUCUCAAGAAAUUCUACAACUUCAAAACCUAUGCAGAGGAGACAAUAGGAAUGAAGAAAAUGUAAGUGGGGAAAGAUUUCCUAAAAUAUCAGACAUUCAGAUGCAUGUGAAUACCGAUAAGGAAGAAAAAGCGUAUAAAUAUCUGGAGUGUAGGAAAGGGGCUGUGCAGAAAAAUACCCUGAUUUCCCAUCAAAGAACUCGUGCAGAGGUGAAACCAUAUAAAUGCCUGGAGUGCAAAAAGAGCUUCAGUAAGAGUGGGCAGCUUAGUAUCCAUCGAAGAAUUCACAUAGGGAAGAGACCAUAUAACUGCCUGGAGUGUGGGAAAAGUUUCAUUGAAAAAGAAAGCAUGAGGUCCCAUCAAAGGAUUCAUACAGGGGAGAAACCAUAUAACUGCCUGGAGUGUGAAAAAAGUUUCAGUCACCGUGGAAACCUUCUUGUUCAUCAAAGAAUUCACACAGGGGAGAAACCAUAUAACUGCCUGGAGUGUGGGAAAAGCUUUAGUCAGAGUGGAAGCCUUAAAUUGCAUCAAAGAAUUCACACCGGGGAGACAAAAUAUAACUGCCUGGAGUGUGGAAAGACUUUCCAUUACAGUUCAAAUCUUAGUCGCCAUCAGAAAAUUCACACAGGGGAGAAACCAUAUAACUGCCUGGAGUGUGGGAAAAGCUUUAGUCAGAGUGGAAGCCUUAAAUUGCAUCAAAGAAUUCACACCGGGGAGACAAGAUAUAACUGCCUGGAGUGUGGGAAAAGCUUUAGUCAGAGUGGAAGCCUUAAAUUGCAUCAAAGAAUUCACACCAGGGAGAAACCAUAUAACUGCCUGGAGUGUGGGAAGAGCUUCAUUGGCAGACCAAACCUCAACUCCCAUCAAAGAAUUCACACCAGGGAGAAACCAUAUAACUGCCUGGAGUGUGGGAAAAGCUUUAGUCAGAGUGGAAACCUUAAAUUGCAUCAAAGAAUUCACACAGGAGAGAAAAUCUAUAAAUGCCUGGAGUGUGGUAAAAGCUUUAGUCAGAGUGGAAACCUUAAAUUGCAUCAAAGAAUUCACACAGGGGAGAAACCAUAUAACUGCAUGGAGUGUGGGAAAAGCUUCACUGACAGAGGAAGCCUCAAGUCCCAUGAAAGGAUUCACACAGGAGAGAAAAAAUAUAAGUGCCUUGAGUGUGGAAAGAAUUUUAGUCAUGCUGUAGGCCUUACUUUGCACAAAAGAAUUCACACUGGGGAGAAACCAUAUAAAUGCCUGAAGUGUGGAAAAGGCUUCAAUCAGAGUUCACAUCUGAGUUCCCAUCAGAAAAUUCACACUGGGGAGAAACCAUAUAAAUGUCUGGAGUGUGGAAAGACUUUCAAUCAGAGUUCACAUCUUCAUUGCCAUGAGAAAAUUCACACAGGGGAGAUAUCAUUGUUUUUAAUAUGCGUUUCUUGCAAACAAACCACCUCUGCAUGCAAUUUAUGUAUCUGA